AUGUCGACUCCCGCUGAGGUGCAUAAACACGUCACAGAAACGGGCGCAGAAUCACCCACUACUGCCAGACCUCUCGAGAUGGACGAUGACGACGUGCAAGAUAUCAGCAUCAUCGCUGAUGAUGGUGCUGCUGCUGCUGCUGCUGCUGCGAAAACAUCCGCCGUCUCAAACACCAGCAGCACAUCAACCUCGCAUGCGAUUGCUUCGACUCCUGGAACCCAGCUGAACGCGAAAAAUGGGUCGACGAAUGCUGUGCCACCAAAACCCCCUCGACCUCUAACCGAGACACAGAAGAAUGAGAUGAUACUGAAAGAAGCUUUCCCAAGCGUCGAUAAUGCUGUCAUCAAAGCUGUGCUCAGGGCCAGCGGAGGCAAGGUAGAGCCCGCCUUCAACGCCUUGCUCGAGAUGACCGAUCCUGAUGCCGUGAAAAGCGACACUGAAGAAGUGCCUCCGCCACAACCCCCUCGCCCGCAAGGCCGCCGCGCGCAAAUGUCCCAGAUGGAGGCAGACGAACUCUAUGCUCGACAACUAGCUGAACAUUACGAUAACGUUGGCGCAUACGAGGCUCGUACUUCCAACCGCAGCCGCGACGCCCCACAGAGCCAGGGGUGGGAUGAUGAGCGACAGCACAGCUUCUUGGACGAUGAUCUGCCUGUGAUUCGCGAAAAUCUACGCAAGGGCUUCCUCGACACCCAAACCAAAGUCAACGGAUGGAUCUCGAAUUUGAGAAAGAAGAUUGAAGAUAGUUUCGACGAGACUGAAGAACACACGCAACAACAAGAGGCACAGUCUUUCCGCAGGCAGGGUGACGUGAGCCGGAGAAGCGGUGAUUAUGAACGAUACGACGCUGACCCUCAAGUUCUCAGCGAUGACUUUGCAGGAAUCAAACUGUCGGCCGAUGGAUCUGCCCAAGGACGGCCCAUGGUCAACUCUGGUAUGCACAGACCCCCCCCACCAGCAGCAGCAUCAUCAAGACCGGGCAAUGGUCGUCGCGUGGGAUUCAAGGAUGAAGCAGAGGAAAUCAACGUCUACGAUGCAUCGCCUACCGUCCCUCCGAAAGACAAACAUCCCAACUUUGGCAAGGUGAGCAAGUGGCAGCCGUUGUCUACGGUUGAGCCCAGUCCCAUCGCGGACAAUGAUCCCUUUAGCCUAGGAGACAGCGAGGAUGAGAAGGAGGUUGGCAAGGAGAAGCCCAGGGAUGCAAAGACGGACGACAAUGAGCGUUUGAAGAAGGCGGCGGCGGCGGAAGCCAAGGCCGACAGUCUGGUAAAACCGGCCGAUGAGGGAAGAAAAGAGAGCUAA